CAAGAAGUACUUCACCACUUAAUCAAGGAAAUGACAUCUCAACUGAGCAUGUGACUAGAAUAACAGCCUCCUCUGAUGAUUCACGAAGAAAUUCGUAUGAUGUCGAUAUGCAAGAUUUCGACCGGAUGACUCUUUCGGCUGCUAAAGCUCUAAAUUCAAAGCUGACCGAGUUGGAUGAUAAUUUUACAUUCAAGCGUAAGAAUCAAGGACGACCAUCAAGUAGUCAUAUAUUUUCUCGGGCUGAUUCUCCGAUGAGAAUGAGGUCCAAUUUGGAAAUAGGUCACAUGUCGACAAGUCAACGAAAACAUAAUGAUGAGGAAUUUGACGGAGAUGUUUCUGAUUGGUCAAUAGAAGGAACGGGUCGGAGGGUAGCAUAUGAUGACUUUACGACAAUAGAUUGGAUUCACGAUUUUGCUAAGGAACGCUCACGCCAAAGAAGAUUAAAACAAAAAAAAGGGUUAAUAGGUCAAUUGAAACAACAUUUUGACGAGAUGGAGGGCUGGAUAGUUGUCUUUACUGUUGGCGCUGUCUCCGGAAUUCUGGCAGGAGUAAUAGACAUAACGUCGAGUUGGUUAAGCGAUUUGAAAGAAGGAUACUGUGAUACUGCAUUUUAUUUGAGUAGAAAAAAUUGUUGUUGGGGUUAUAAUGACGAACACGAUGAAUGUAAAGAGUGGAUAACUUGGAGUGACGCUCUAGAGGCAAGAUCACCUGGCGCGAAGUUUUGGACGAUUGCAUACCGAGAUCGUUUAACAUUUCUGGGAUUUAUUUUACCGAAGACCGUUUUCGCCACAACCGCUGCGUACCUUGUAAAAUCUUAUUCACCAUACGCGUCUGGCAGUGGUAUUCCCGAGGUGAAAACUAUUCUCAGCGGCUUUGUUAUUCGAAAAUUCUUAGGAUGGUGGACUUUAAUAAUAAAGAGUAUAGGAGUGUGUCUCAUUUUUGCAUCGAGCUUAUGUUUAGGAAAGGAGGGUCCCCUUGUUCAUUUAGCGUGUUGCUGUGGUAACAUUAUUCCCAGAGUUUUUUCCAAGUUCAGGUAUAACGAAGCUAAGAAACGUGAAGUACUAUCAGCGGCAGCAGCGGCAGGUGUAUCCGUUGCUUUUGGUGCGCCGAUCGGGGGAGUUUUAUUCAGUUUGGAGGAAGCUUCAUAUUAUUUUCCAUUCAGAACUAUGUGGCGAAGUUUUUUCUGCGCAAUGGUCGCGGCUGUUUCACUUGCCUUUAUGAAUCCAUUCAGGACCAACAAACUCGUUCUCUUUCAGGUUGUCUACGACAGGGAAUGGCACGCAUUUGAGAUGUUCUUUUUUGCACUAUUAGGAGUAAUUGGGCUUGUAUGGAGCUUUGUUUAUACGUAUCAAUUUGAAGAUUGCCACAAUCCGUCAGGAAUCUUGGUUACGCUUUUUUGGGGUGUACGAAGUCAUGGUAGUCACACUUAUAACAUCUAUCAUAAGCUACUGGAAUAUCUUCAUGAGGAACUUUUAUUACCUAUGCUUAUACAUUUUUACAUUGUUGUAAAAAGCGUAAACCCUUCGGAGCUAGUUGCAAAUCUCUUCCGCGAAUGUGCUGAUGAUGAUUAUCAUAAUCUUUGCAAGUAUGCAUUUGUUGUAACCUUUGGUUUAAGGGUUCCAGCUGGUGUAUGGUUGCCUUCAAUGGCAAUAGGGGCGUGUUUUGGUAGGGCUGUUGGAUUAUUGGUUUACGCCUUGCAUAGUACAGCCCCUGGAUUAUGGAUUUUCUCAUCAUGUACUCCCGAUACUCAAUGCAUUACACCAGGGAUGUAUGCUAUGGUUGGAGCAGCGGCGACCUUUGGUGGAAUUACUCGCAUGACAGUUUCGCUAGUUGUAAUCAUGUUUGAAUUAACUGGUGCGCUCACCUACGUUCUUCCUAUAAUGGUAGCAGUAAUGGUUAGUAAAUGGGUUGGAGAUGCAUUUGGAAAAGAGGGAAUUUAUGACGGGUGGAUUCGUAUCAACGAAUAUCCAUUCUUAGAUAGCAAAGAAGAAUAUAUAUAUAACACAUUGGCCUCGGAUGUGAUGACGCUGGUGGAAGAUCUAAUGGUGAUCACAUCCACCGGGCACACAUUAGAUAGUUUAGAGGAAUUGCUCAACGAUACCGACUAUAAAGGAUUUCCUGUAGUACAUAAUCCCAGAGAUAUGUUACUUAUAGGUUAUAUAUCAAGAUCUGAACUGAGAUUUGCAAUGG